GAAGUACCAAGGCUGCCAUUUUUUUUGUCUGUUGAGACGUGCAAAGGGGCCAUCAAUCAACUUUUGAUUCAACUAGCUAUCUUACUGGAACUAAAGAAGUCGAACAAAAUUGUUAAUUUUAGUAUUAGACUGAGGACACAAUUUCAAUGGAUUACGAGUCAUUUCAAUCACAAGCAACUUCAAUUUUGGCUAUUGUUGUUGAAGCGUCCGUGGCAGAAAUGUGCAGAGUUGAGCAUGAAGCGUCAAUCAUGGCAUCAUGUAGUGAAAUGUCUUGCACUGGAGAUGAUGGUGAUCAAAAUGUCAACACAGGGGCACGGCUUGUCUCCAUCAUGCACCUGUUGAUGAAGGAAGCCAUUCGAAAGUUAUGUAGGUUAUUCACAGAGUGUACUACAAUUCUACAAAAUGAAAAUGAGACCCUGAAGAAUAAACUGGAAUUAAUGGUGACACCACUGGAAAAGGGUUAUGUUGUGUCUCCUGCCAGUGCAAUGAAAGAUGGGACUUCUGCAUCAUCAGAGGAAGACUGUGAGGAGGAUGACUCAAUCGACUGUUCCAUCAAGGAGUGUGAUAUCUCAGGAAUCAAUGUGACAUCAACCAGAGGAGAGGGUCCUGCAGAUGUUGAUAAUGCACGCAGAGUGAGUUCAGGCACAGACAGUGACCCCCCUGCAGGAGACCGAGAGGAAGUAAAAACAGAGCCCACAUCAAGAGACCCGGAAAUUGGCGUUGAACACAUCCAUGAUGCUCUCACUGAUGGCCCACUAGUCAAAACAGAGGACAAUGGAACAAAUGAAGAAGUUUCAUCUGCUGAUGUAACAGAAACCACAGAGCACAGCUGCCCCAGAACAAAGCAGAUCUUUCCCAAAAGGAAGAAAUCCUUUAACUGUGACCAGUGUGGGAGGCGUUUUCAUCUGAGCAGCUUGCUGAAACAGCACAAGCGAGUUCACACGGGAGAGAAGCCUUUCUGUUGUGGCCAAUGUGGAAAGAAGUUUAUAUACUUAACUUCUCUCAACAAGCAUGUCUUGGGUCACUCAAAAGGGAGGACUUUUGUCUGCACAGUUUGCGGAAAGACGUUCCGUGAGGAGAGAGCACUAAAGUCCCACGAGUUUGUUCAUUCAGAGGCAAAACCAUUCAACUGUCUGACUUGUGGACAGGGUUUCACAACAAGAAACAGUCUUAUGGUGCACCAGAGAAUUCACACAGGUGAAAAACCAUAUAGCUGCACUAUGUGUGGAAAGAGUUUUGCACAAUCCAGUUACCUCACGACACAUAAGAGAACACACUCCCUCGACAAGCCAUUUAGGUGUGCUCAGUGUCAAAAGGGUUUCAUGACUGAGCGGGCAUUGAAAUCUCACCAGGUAGUGCACACAGGACUGAAGGCAUUUAAAUGUGAGAUAUGCGGAAGCAGUUUUGGUCACGAGGUCAACCUUAAAAGACACAGUCUGAUUCACACAGGGACUAAACCGUUCAGCUGUAAGGUGUGCAGAAAGCAGUUCAACCAAUCCAGCACCCUCAAAGGACACAUGCAGGUACACGAAGGAUUGAAGCCCUUUAUGUGUGACAUUUGUGGAAGAACAUUUGUAUACAAUUACGCUCUGAGAAACCACCAGCAGACACACAUGGAUGAUGAAAAGAAGGACAAGCACAGGAAACCACAAAGUUGUGAGAUAUGUGGGAAGUGCUACAGCUCCAUUGGGACGCUUAAAAUACACCAGCUGCUUCACACAGGUGAGAAGCCAUUUGUUUGCUCCACAUGUGGGAAAACCUUCACCCAGCGAGCUGCUUGUGUCAUACAUCAGAAGGUUCACACUGGAGAGAAGUCUCACAUGUGCAGCGUGUGUGGGAAGAGCUUCAGUUUGCCAAACAGUCUUCGACUACAUGAACGAAUUCACACGGGCGAGAAACCUUACACAUGUGAAACUUGUGGGAUGACCUUCCGUAUCAGCGGUAACCUUAAAAGGCAUAUGCGUGUUCAUACAGGAGAGAGGCCCUUUAGCUGUGAAGUAUGUGGGAAAAUGUUCAGCCAAGCUAAUAAUGUCAAAGCUCACAUGCAGGUGCACAAAGCAGAAAAGCCAUACUCAUGUGACAAUUGUGGAAAAAGCUUUGCCUAUGUAAGAAAUUUCAAGGAACACAAGUGUGUCAGUAGAUAACCAUUUGCAGCACUGUGAGGAUUGUAUCAGAAAAUGUGUAGUUUGGGGUGCCUACAUGGUUGACAAGAGGAUCAACUUUUAUUAUUAUUAUUAUUAAGAGAGUGGGCAUUAAAAAUGAAAUCUCUUAGUUUUAGGGUUGAUGAUGCUGUAAACUGAUAUCUGGGCAUUUGUUGAGCAGGAUGAUGACAUGGUCUCAGUAUUAUCAUUCCAAGUUAUUUAUUUGUAGCAAAACUUAUUUUGUUCUUUUAGCACUUUUAUCAAAUUGCAUAAGCUUUUUCUUUAAUGGACAGAUAGAAAUGUACUGGGGGAGGGGUGGUCCAAAAUAAGGGAGGGUUGUCAAUUAAAUUGUUUUGCUUUGGGGAGGGUUGUGUGGGUUUUUUUAUUGGGCAAAGGGGAGGGUAGUGUGGUUUUUUUUUUGGGGGGGGGGGGGGGGGGGGUGGCUUGUGGAAGAACAUUUGAUAUUACACUAAUAAACUUUUUAAAUGUUUGUGAAGGUUUGGUAUGAUGUGGCUAUAAUUACGCUUUAGCUACUGCAAGCCUAUGAUAUGAAGGCAGUGCGCCCCGGAGCUCCAACUGACUGACAGUUCAACUUGAGGUGAGGAGGUCUAUUUCAGGUCUACCAGAGUUUACUCCUAUAAUCUAACAAUAUAAUGCUUAUCUUAAUAAAAAAAUAUUCUGAUUGAAAAUCUACA